ACCUCUACUCUAAAUUUGAUAUUCAAGUAAAGAAAUUGAUAAUUUAAUUAUUUAACAUUUUUGACAUUCAUGAAUGAGCAUUCGAGUUGAUUAGUCACGUUUGUCGGAAAGUCAAAAGUAUGCAAAAUAAAAGCUUACAUUGACGAUACAGUAAAAAAAAAGUAUAAUUAUAAACUGGUUAUCCAUAGUUUGCCAACUGACUGCCAUCGUAAGCGGACGUCAGAAAAAAGAAAAGAAAAAUAAAAGCGAAAGAGAGAAGAAAGAUGAGAAAGAGAGAUCGAGAGAGAAACGAGAAUGAAAAAAGUAACUGCUGCCCGUAAAUGUACCAGGAAUAGUAUUAUAACAUUUUUAUAUAGGCAUAAGCAGUCGAGCACAGUCAAGUUAGUCAACGGUUGGCAGUGGCACGCGUUACCGUUGUUUCUCGUCAGUCGUUUGCUCUGUUGUUUAUUGUAUAUGCAUUAUACAUUUUCAUAUGAAAAAUUUACAUCUAUGCAUAUGUGUGCAUAUAUAUAAAUUUUUAUUUAUUUGAUCCUACUGUACGAAGUUUUGUGUAGAUCGAUUAUAGUUUAUUAUAAACACAUUUAUCAUUAUGAAAAUGAUAAACAGUCUUAAAAAUGUGAAACAUUUCCAUAAUAACGUUUAAAAACCUUUACCAUUCGUAAAAAUCGGCUGUUGUUACGGAGCCGUUAAAUCGUAAUAUUUGUUCAACGCUUUUUCAAGAAAUUGACCGACGGAAAUGGUACGGAAGCGGGACCGGAAUUGGACGAGGAAAUGGAAAAGGUGUUUGCCAUGGAUACUGGAAAGAAAUUUGACGUAUCUCGUUUAGGAUCACCGCUCGAAUCAACUGGUUCCGAUCGUGACCGCGAUCGUGGUCCUCCACCUCGAUAUGGCGGUGACAUCUUUGAUCAACAUCGCAAGAGAAGCUAUCCUCAUCCUCAUAUGCCUUUAAAAAGUCUACAUUCCAAGUCAAUGCGGAGGCAUUUAUCACCAGAAGGAUCAAUAGAAUGCGAUCACGAAGAAGAAAGUAUCAACGGAAACGGUCAAGUAGGUAAUGGUGAUCAAGAAUUGGACACUAUGGAUAAUGGCGUUGUCACAACACCAACAAAUGAUGUAAAUUCACCAUCAGACGAACAAGAAAAUACACUCAGCAGUGAAUCUGAGGCACCAAUAUCUGAAAGAGCAGCUUCAGGUAUUAUUGAAAGUCCUGCUAUCGGCAGUCCUCGAGUCCAAUUUGAAAAAAUUCAAGAAGAAGAAGAUGUAUUAUCAUCAUUAGAAGAGCCACUCAGUGAAGAAGAACGAAAAACACGGAGACAUCACAAUAAGCAUCAUGAUCACAAAAGACACCAUCAUAAAUCCAGAAAAUAUUCCUUGCAAGAAGAUCCACAAUGGCGCAAAAGAUCAGGUGCAGGUCUUCCAGAUGGUGUAGGACUGUUAGGCAGAAGAGUAAGUGUUCAACCAGAAGAAGCAAGCACACUUCAAGAACUCGAUAUAGAUGAUCUAGAGUCUCAUCGAAGUGAUGAUCCUCGUGGAAUGAGAAGACAUAAAGCUUCACAUCCAACAAUACAAAUAGGGCGUAAAAAAGAAGGCGGAAUCCCUCAUGAAACUUUAAAAAAAAUGUAUGACCAUUCACCUCACGAAGUUUUUGUUCAAUUGGAUGAACUUCAUGGGGUGGGUGAAGAACGUGAAUGGAGAGAAACAGCUCGUUGGAUUAAAUAUGAAGAAGAUGUAGAAGAAGGUGCAGAUAGAUGGGGAAGACCUCAUGUAGCAUCUUUAAGCUUUCAUUCAUUGCUCAAUCUUCGUCGAUGUUUGGAGACUGGCGUUGUCUUGUUAGAUCUAGAAGAAAAAGAUGUACCUGGUAUGGCUUAUCGAGUUGUUGAACAAAUGGUUGUUGAUGAACUUAUUCUUCCUGAGGAUCGUCCUGUUGUUAUGAGAGCUUUACUACUUCGUCAUCGACACGUUAAUGAACACGACAGAGGUUUUCGUUUUGGUGGAAAACGUAACUACGCUAGUUAUACCAGUCUCCAGUCUAUCUGGCUGGAAGAAGAUGCUGCGCGGGAAGACACUGAAAAACAUAAUUUGAAUGACACAAAGCCAAAAAUCAUAUCAUCAACUCAAGCUCUGGACAAUAAUCAUACUACAAUUGAUAUGAAGGAAGAAAUGACGUAUACAAGUAGCAAUGAGGAUUUAAAAAAAAAUCACAACGAUUAUAUUUUCAAGCGCAUACCAGCAGGAGCAGAGGGAACUGUUGUCUUAGUUGGUGCUGUUGAUUUUUUGGAUCAACCUACUAUUGCUUUUGUACGACUAGCAGAAGGUGUAUUUAUGCCAUCAAUUACAGAAGUAACAAUUCCUGUACGUUUUAUGUUUACACUACUUGGACCUCGUAAUACAGAUUUAGACUAUCAUGAAAUUGGAAGAUCAAUAUCAACACUUAUGGCCAAUAAAUCAUUUCAUAAAGUUGCAUAUAAAGCAAAAGAACGACGUGAACUUCUUUCUGCUAUAAAUGAAUUUUUGGAUGAUUCGAUUGUAUUACCACCAGGUGAUUGGGAACGUCAAGCAUUACUACCAUUUGAUGAGCUUAAAGCUAAAAGUGAAGCAAUUAGAAAACGAAAGGCUUCAGCGCUUGCAAAAGCCACACCAAUAAUUCAAAGUGACGCUGCCAUAAAAAAAGCAAUUCUUAGUGGAGAAGAUGGUAAACGUCCACCUGAUGAUGAUCCUCUUCGUCGAACACGCCGUCCUUUCGGAGGUAUUAUAAAUGAUAUAAAACGACGUUAUCCAUAUUAUUUAUCAGAUUUUACGGAUGGAUUAAAUAGCUCAUGUAUAGCAGCAGCAAUUUUUAUGUAUUUUGCUGCACUCUGUGCAGCAAUUACAUUUGGAGGUCUUAUGAGCGAUAAAACUCAUAAUGUUAUUGGAAUUUCUGAGACUCUUGUUUCUUGCUCAUGGACAGGUGUUAUAAUGGCACUUUUUGCAACCCAGCCUUUAGUAAUAAUAGGUACGACUGGACCUUUAUUACUAUUUGACGAGAGUCUUUAUAAUUUUUGUCUUGCAUAUGAACUUGAAUUUCUUACGAUGCGACUAUACAUUGGCGUAUGGUUAGGUAUACUGGCUUUGGCUAUUGCCUGUAUCGAAGGGUCUGUUUUGGUUAGACUCUUUACUCGUUUUACUGAAGAAAUUUUUACUGGGCUUAUUUCAUUACUUUAUAUCGUCGAAACAUUUAUCAAGCUUUAUAAUUAUUUCAAAAAAAAUCCCUUACUACCAAAGUACUGCUUUGAUCCAAAUGACAAUGGUACAUAUUAUACAUCUAAUUUAACAGACAUAAAAGAGUAUAUAGGACUAACUAAUUUAACAGAAAUAAGUAUUCCUGAAACAACUUUUUCAUUUUUACCAAGUUAUAAUGAAGCCGGUUUAUUGAUAAAUCAACCAAAUACGGCUCUUAUGUGUACUAUACUAUGUUUAGGUACAUUUUUAGGUGCGUAUUAUCUUCGAAUAUUCCGUAAUAGUCACUAUUUAGGCCGUAGUGCAAGAAGAGCUUUCGGAGACUUUGGAGUUCCUAUCAGUAUAAUUAUAUUUGUCUUAAUUGAUUAUCUCGCUGAAGUAAAAACUGAAAAACUUCUUGUGCCAGAAGGUCUAAGUCCUACAGUACCAGGAAGAAAUUGGAUUGUAUCUCCAGCUGGUAUAAAUAAAACAAUUCCUGUAUGGAUGGCAUUUGCUUGCGCUGUUCCAGCUUUCCUUGCCUAUAUUCUUAUUUUCAUGGAAACACAAAUAUCAGAAUUAAUAAUUGAUAAAAAAGAACGUAAAUUACGAAAAGGAAAUGGAUAUCAUAUGGAUAUUGUUGUAGUGUGUUUAAUGAAUGUAGGAUGUGGAUUAAUGGGUGCACCUUGGUGUUCAGCUGCAUCAGUACGUUCUUUGACUCAUGUCUCGGCAGUGACGGUCAUGUCGCGCACUCACGCACCAGGAGACAAACCUUAUAUCGUUGAGGUCAAGGAGCAAAGAGUUAGUGCGCUUCUUGUCGCUCUUCUGGUGGGAACUAGUGUUUUUAUGGCUCCCCUGUUGCGCCGAGUACCCAUGGCCGUCCUCCUUGGAGUUUUUCUUUACAUGGGUAUAUCAUCAACUAAUGGAGUUCAAUUAUUUGAUCGUUUUAAAUUAUUCUUUAUGCCUGUUAAACAUCACGGCAGUGCUAAUUAUGUAAGACGAGUUCAAACAUACAAAAUGCAUCUAUUUACGUUGGUUCAAAUAUUAUGUUUAACUGUAUUAUGGAUUGUAAAAAGUACUCCCGCAGCCCUUGCACUUCCUUUUUUUCUUAUUCUUAUGAUACCUCUACGCUCACAAAUGACCCGAUUUUUUACGGCUGCUGAACUACGGGCACUUGACAGUAAAGGCCCUGAUAAUGAGACUGUUGAAGAUGAACUUGAUUUUUACGAAGAAGCGCCACUUCCUGGUUAGAUCGUGCCUUAUCUACUUAUAUCCUUUUUUUUUUCUCUAAAGGGAUAAAGUAUCCCUCUAUAUAUUGCCUAUUAUUUAUUCUUAGUUUAUCUCAAGUAAUUACAUAAUUUUUUUUCAUCUUAUGAAUCAGUAGAUAAAUAUCUUAUUGCUCAGGUUAGAUUCACUGUAAAAAAGUUAGAUUUAUUUUUCUCAAUUGCAUUUUCAAUCUGUUUGGUUAUUAUUUAUAUAUAUUUUAUAUAAAUUAAAAUUUAUUUUUUUGAUUUCAUUUUCUAUCAUAAUGAAUAAAUUACCGUCAAUUAUUAAAAAAAAAAUUAACAUUUUAAUCACAUGAUAAUUAUUUUAAAAUAAUCGAUAAUUGAAUAAUUCCAUGAUAUCAUGAAAUUUUAAGAAAUAAAUGUAAAUAUUAAUUAUAAUUAUACUUGAAAUUUAAUAAUAAUUUCCAGUGACUUCUUACUCUAGGUAUAUAUUUAUUAGAGUGGUCCAAAAAAAAAAGGUUUUUUUGCUAUCAUCUCAAAAGUUUCCCUAAGGUAUCAAAAAAAUUCUCGCGAAAGGCCAGCGUGAUAUUUCAAUUCUAUGAGGCGCGCUAUCAUUUCUUGUUUUUCCAUAUAAAUAGCAUUUAAAAAAUUGUUUUUUUCGUUCUCUUCAGUUAAAACUACGAAAAAUUUUUUUUUCUAUUUUGAUGGACAACUUCUUAUAAGAAAUUUAAUUCUCUCCAAGAAAGCUCUGAAAUAAUUUUAUCGUAAUCUUAACGGGUAAAAAGUUAUCGGGCUUUGAAUACCCGCAACUAAGUAAAUUCUGAGGAGGAUAGUUAUAAAGCAACGGUUUGCAGUAAUUGACGUUACUUAUGGAUAAUUUAUUAAAUUUCUAUGAAUCUGAAAUAAUUUUUAGCUUUCUGGAGUAAUUUUUUAGUGACUGCAAGAUUUAUUUAUAAAGUUAUUGAAUUAUUUAUUAAACUAUUUAUUAGGGUGAUCCAAAAAAUAACAAAUUUUUUUUUUUUCUCGGAAACAGGUUCAAAAGUUUCAUUUAGAUAAAAAAGGACGCCUGCAAAAAUUAGAGCUCUUAAUAUUAACAUUAAGAGGUUUCUCAUCGCACUUUUCUAUUUUCCAUAAGAAUAACAUGGAAAAAAUAUUUUUUACGUGUUCUGAUUUUUAUAAGUAGCUAACGAUACGUCAUAGAAAUAAUUGGCAGGCAUAUUUUUGUAGGUAAUUGAAUGCUCUACAAAAAAAGUUUCUUAUCGUUUUUUGAUAAAUCUAUUUGUUCAAAAGUUAUUUAAGGUUGAAGUCGAACUCAUAUUAAAUUUUGAGAUAUUUUUACUUUACCGGCAAAACUAUCAGACCUAUUACAAAAUAUCAAAGAACUUUUUUUGUAGACAAUUUUAUUUCCUAGAAGUUAUUUCCAAUAAAGUUUUUUCGAAUUUCGCACUGUUUUCUGGUUAUUUUUAUUUUAAUGUCAUGCUCAUAAAAAAACAGUCUUCUGAUCGAUUUUAAGAGCUUGGCAUUAAAAUAAAAAUAACUUGAAAACAGUGCGGAAUUCGAAAAAACUUUAUUGAAAAUAACUUUUAGGGAAGAAAAUUGUCUACAAAAAAGGUCCUUUGAUAUUUUGUAAUAGGUCUGAUAGUUUCGCCGGUAAAGUAAAAAGAUCUCAAAAUUGAAUAUGAAUUCGACUUCAACCUCAAAUAACUUCUGAACAAAUAGAUUUAUCAAAAAAUACUAAGAAACUUUUUUUGUAGAGCAUUCGUUUACCUGCAAAAAUAUGCCUGCCAAUUAUUCCUAUGACGCGUCGUUAGCGACUUAUAAAAAUCAGAACACGUAAAAAAUAUUUUUCUCACCUCCGGGCGGAAAGCGUCAACUUUCGUCCCGCUGUGCAAAACGAAGUUGCCGCUUUCCGCCUCCGUCGAGGAGAAAAAUAGUAUACACUCCUCGGGAAGUAAAUAAGAAAGCCUCAGAUCACAUGUUUGUUGACCUCGGCUUCGCCUCGGCCAACAAUUACAUGUGAUCUGAGACAUUUCUUACUUUACUUCCCUAGGUGUGUAAAAUACUAUUUCCAUGUUAUUCUUAUGGGAAAUAGAAAAGUGCGAUAAGGAACCUCUUAAUGUUAAUAUUAAGAGCUCUAAUUUUCACAGGCAUCUUUUUUUAUGUAAAUGAAACUUUUGAACCUGUUUCCGAGAAAAAAAAAAAAUUUGUUAUUUUUUGGAUCAUCCUGCUAUUUAUACUAUAAUAGACACAUUUUUUUUUUAAUAUAACAACGGUGAAUAAUUUUUAAGAGCAAGCUAGUAUUUACAUAUGCAUAUCUAAUUUUUUUUUGCACAUUGAAAAAAAAUAUAAAUUACAUGAUAAAACCAUCGUAAUACAAAGUAAGUUCUAAAGUCAUAUCUGAUCAAAUUUUCUUUUGUUGCGGGUAUUCAAAACCCGAUAAUUUUUACCUGCGAGGAUUUCGAUAAAACUGUUUCAGAGCUUUUUUUGUAGAGAAUUAAAUUUUCUAUACGAAGAUGUGCAUCAAAAUUAAAAAAAAUUUUUUCGUAGAUUUAACUGAAGAAAACGAAAAAAAAAAUUUUUUUAAAUGCUAUUUAUAUGAAAAAACAAGAAAAGACAGCGCGUCUCGUAGAAUUGAAAUAUCACGCUGGCCUUUCGCGAGAAUUUUAUUUAUACCUUAGAAAAACUUUUGAGAUGAUAGCAAUUGGAAAAAAAAAAAAAUGUUUUUUAUGGACCACUAAUAUUUAUACUGUAUUGAUUGAAAAAAAUCAAAAUUAAUAAUACUCAUGGUGCUUAUUUUAUCCUUGAACUUUUUUUCAUCGUGGAAAGGAAAAAAAAUUGGUUCAUUUUAUUACUAAAUAGUAAAAUUAUUUUAUAUUUUCUUUAAAUGUUUAUUUUCUGUACUAAUUAUAAUAGCUAUUUAGGAGUGUGCUACCUCAGCAUUAUCACCAAAUUUUAGUGUGAUUGAAAAAAGUACAUCGUCAAUGUUAAAACGAAUCAAUUGAUUCAAUAAAUUUAAAGAAAACCCGUACUUAGGUGCUUUUGUAUUUAGAAUAAAAUUAAUAAUUUUAAAUAGCUUUCAUAAUAAAGUUUACAUACUUAUGAGCUCAAGAAAUAAUUCAGUGCAUGUAAACUUGCUUGAAAAAAGCCUAUUUAUGAAAUUUUUUUUUUUUUGCUUUUGUUUUUUUAAUUCUAAAGAAAUUUUAAGCGUCAAUAAUAUUUCUAAAUGAGAAAUAUAAAUAAACAGAGAUUUUGAGAUGGGUCAAUGAGUGAUUAUAGUAUACAUAAAAGAAAUAUGAUAGAUUAAAAGUACCUGAAUGAGAUCAAUAUCAUGAUGUUGCGGGUCCAAGCAAGAAAAAAAAUUUUAAAAAAUAUAAAAUAUUCUAUUUUAAAUUAUGUAAUAUAAAUAUAAAUUAAAUUAAUGAACAAAUAGAGAAUAUAUAUUUUUAUUCUUCGUUCGAGUGGUUUAUUAAUCAACAAUAAAUUUUAUAAAUUGUUGAUUAAUAAGAUAUUUUUAUAAUGCAAUGGAUUUAUCGGUAUCGGUUUACACGUGUUAUUUUAAUGUUUGUCUUUUAUUAAUUCAAUGCGAGUAAGACUGUAGAGCCUUAUGGCUUAUUAUAAUUAUUCAUAACAUCUAUUAAUUUUUUUUUUUAAUUAUGAAUUAUUACUAUUAUUUUCAAAAAUUCUUACAAUUAUUCAGUAAUUGUAAUUCAUAUUUUAUGACUCUACAGCUCUGUGUAUUUUAAAAUCUUUAAGUAAAUAAACAUGGACAAGAGAGGGUACUAAUUAAAUGUUGAUGCUUAACCACAGCCGCAAGACUAAAGUUUUACACGUAUUGAAUUUCUUAACGUACUUAAAAUAUGAAAAAAAAAAUAUUAGCCUAUAAAGAAUGUUGAAAAUAAAUUUAUCAAAUUA